AUGUCCAUGUCGAUGUCGAAGUCGAAUUCCGUCGCCGACGAAAAGCCACAGCAUGCGAAGAGAUUGAAGCCGCUGUUAACGGAAGCUCCGUGUUCGCUGCCGAUUGAGAUUGCUCUGAGUUGCUUGGCCCGCGUCUCAAAACAGGACCACGGUUCCUUGUCUCUGGUGUCCAAGUGGCACCGUCGUCAAUUGAUUUCGCCAGAAUUGUACGAGUUCCGAUCCCGAUUGGGCUGCACCGAAAACAUCAUCUAUCUAUGCUUAGUGAUCCCGCCGGAGCCAAAUCCACGCUGGUUCGCCCUCUUCCCAAAAGCCCUAGAUCGUCCGCGUCGGCUGGUCCAAGUCCGGUCAACCUUGUAUCAGCCUCCGGAAGUAUCCUCCGUGGUGGCCCAUGGUUUCGGGAUCUACGUCAUCGGUGGGAGGAGGAUCAGCGGGAGAACUUCCCCAUCGUCAAGUGUCUAUUUCCUGGACUGCCGAUCUCACACGUGGGCCACUCUCCCUUUCAUGCGUGUGCCUCGAGAAUCCGCUGCGGCGGGCGUGAUCGACGGGAAGAUUUACGUCCUGGGAGGGAGCAAGGGCGACCCGAAUCCGGGAGAGGUAUUCGACCCGAAGACGCAGACAUGGGAUGCCCUGCCGCUGCCCGAGCCCGUGUUGCUGCCCGUUCAGGAUAAUCUAAUGUACGAAAGCGGUGUGGUGGAGGAGAAGAUCUUCGCUGAGAAUGAGUUUGGGACAGCUUUCUUCUACAAAAGUGAAGAAGGCAGAUGGAAAAGAGGAAAUAAAAAUAUCGCGGCGGAUAAAAGGGGUUGGCAUGCGAUAGACAAGGUCAUGUACUGUUGUGUAUAUGGUGGGAGAUACUGUGGUGUGAGGCAAGUGAAUUGGAGACCGCAGAGGUGA